AUGUCGGGAAGGAGGCGCAUCGGGGACCCGGAGUGUUUGACCAAAAGAAUUCCACAGAAUCCUAAAUAUCAACACAUAAAAUCUCGCCUUGACACAGGAAACAGCCUGACCAAAUACAUUGAGAAAUUGGAAGAGAUCAAGAGAAAUUACAGAUACAAAAAAGAUGAGCUAUUCAAGAGGCUGAAAGUGACAACUUUUGCCCAGCUGGUCAUCCAAGUUGCUUCGCUAUCUGAUGAAACAUUAGAAGUGUCAGCUGAGGAGAUCCAAAAGCUGGAAGAUGGUGAUACUGUUAUUUCAGAGACUGAUGCUGAGCUCACAGCUGGGACUAACGGGAAAGGAAGCCCCACGGAGAAGCCAGCCAGUCCAGUCCUGUUCAUAAACAACACGGGAGCAGGGGAAUCGUAUCGGUCUACUCUGCAGAGUGUGAUCAGUGGUGUAGGUGAGCUAGACAUAGACAAAAGCCUGCGGAAGAAACCUGAUGCUAAUGGUAAAGACACUAACGCUAAAGACAAGCCUUACCCCGACUGCCCGUUCCUGCUGCUUGACGUACGAGAUCGAGAUGCGUAUGACCAAUGCCAUAUCGUUGGAGCUCACUCGUACCCUAUCGCAACGCUGUCUAGAACCAUGAACCCUUAUACGAAUAGCAUUCUGGAAUACAAAAAUGCUCAUGGGAAGAUUAUCAUCCUGUAUGAUGAUGAUGAGAGACUAGCCAGCCAGGCUGCCACUACCAUGUGUGAGAGAGGCUUUGAGAACUUAUUCAUGUUAUCUGGAGGCCUGAAGGUCCUUGCACAGAAGGUCCCUGAAGGACUGGUCACUGGCUCAUUCCCAACGUCUUGCCAGUUGGCAACCUACACUGGAUCUGCCCGGAAAAGGGCCACCCCAAGAGGGACACCCACACGUGCUGAGAAUAAAUGGAGAUUUACUGCAGAAGAUCUACAAAAGAUAGAAUACUACCUGGAAGAGGAGCAGAUCCCCUCAGAUACUGCCAGCCGUCUCAGCCGUGCUUCCUCAGGCCGAGAUUCCAAGGCGACGGCUGUACGGAGCACCCAGAACCUCCCCACCGCCAGCCCGGCUGGCUCCCUCGCCACCCGCUCCUUCAGCAGCAGCAGCCUCCAGAACAAGCCCUGGAAGUAA